CAAUCCCUCCAAGGCAUCGAACUGCAACAGCAAAGGCGAAGACUUUAGCUAGUGAUCGGCGGCAGCGCUUGUCGGAACGGAAAAUGAACACAGACAUUACAGCAUCGGUGAAACCGGAGUACCCGGUGAUUGAUCGAAACCCUCCCUUCACCAAAGUGGUCGGCAACUUCAACACCCUUGAUUACCUCCGUUUCGUCACCCUCACCGGCGUCUCCGUCACCGUCGGCUACCUCUCUGGGAUCAAGCCUGGGUUGAAAGGGCCAUCAAUGGUGACCGGAGGACUGAUAGGACUAAUGGGAGGGUUUAUGUACGCUUACCAGAACUCGGCGGGUCGACUCAUGGGGUUUUUCCCUAAUGAAGAUGAGGUUGCUCGUUUCCAGAAACGUGAGUUUUAAUAGCUAGGUUCUUUCUUCCAUUUUUCGGUUUUAAAAUGCUAGUGUUAAGACUACGUGUUAAUGUUAAUAAUCAAAUUGGUCAAUUGCACACUAUUUUCUCUGGAUUUCAGUGGCUGUUGUAUCGGAAUUCAGUGCUGUUUUUACUAUUUGUGAUGGAUGAAUAUGAAUUGCUAGUUCUCAAGGACUAUGGAAAAUUUUCAACUAAUGUGUUGUAUUGGCUUGAGCUUAAAUAAAAGUGAAAUUGGUUU